CUGGGGACUCCUCCCCGCACCUCCCCCCGGGUCACUCGGUGGUGAGGCUUGGUGCUAGCAGUGCGGAGUCCUGUGUGCUACACUGCGGCAGCGGCUGUGCGGGAUAACGGCUGGGGGUCGCUCUGGAACGUGGAGACGUCACAUUGCGGACGGUGCCGCACGGUUCGUGCCUUGUUGACCUGUGGUGCCGGCGGGACGCUUUGACGAUUGCAUGUCACCCACAACGCGCCAGCUUUUCGGGGUAUGACGCAUAGCGACGGGCGAGAAGGGAGACAGCAGUGACGUCAUUGAGUGUGAGCGGAGUGACGUCACGGAGCGUCCUACAGGCCCAGCAGUCCUGCUCUUCUCAGCCGCGGUCAGCAGAGAUCAAGAUGAAUAAUCUCUCGUUCAGUGAGCUGUGCUGCCUCUUCUGCUGCCCUCCAUGUCCGGGGAAGAUUGCCUCCAAGCUUGCCUUUUUACCCCCUGAUCCAACGUACACCCUUAUAUGUGACGAGAGUGGGAGUCGCUGGACUCUUCAUCUAUCAGAACGAGCGGACUGGCAAUAUUCUGCAAGGGAGAAGGAUGCUAUAGAGUGCUUCAUGACUAGAACCAGCCGGGGGAACCGCAUUGCCUGCAUGUUUGUCCGUUGCUCGCCCAGCGCCAAGUACACACUACUGUUUUCUCAUGGAAAUGCUGUGGAUCUUGGCCAGAUGAGCAGCUUUUACAUAGGACUGGGCUCUCGGAUCAAUUGUAACAUAUUUUCUUAUGAUUAUUCUGGGUAUGGGUCAAGCUCUGGGAAACCAACAGAGAAGAAUUUAUAUGCUGACAUUGAUGCUGCUUGGAUUGCUCUUAGAACGAGGUACGGCAUACGUCCUGAACAUGUCAUCAUCUAUGGCCAGAGUAUAGGAACUGUCCCAUCCGUGGAUCUUGCUGCUCGAUAUGAAAGUGCUGCUGUCAUUCUUCACUCUCCAUUGACCUCCGGGAUGAGGGUAGCCUUUCCAGAUACAAAGAAAACCUAUUGUUUCGAUGCAUUCCCUAAUAUUGACAAAAUUUCCAAAAUCACGUCCCCAGUACUGAUAAUCCAUGGCACAGAAGAUGAAGUCAUUGACUUUUCACAUGGCCUAGCCCUGUUUGAGCGUUGCCAAAGGCCGGUGGAACCACUAUGGGUGGAAGGAGCUGGACACAAUGAUGUGGAACUUUAUGGACAAUACCUUGAGCGGUUAAAACAGUUUGUCACGCAGGAGAUUGUAAAUUUGUAAACUACUCCUUUGUAAGAGCAUUUUCUCCCUGCGGUAAUGGAAGGUUUGCAUAAAGUUUCACGAAGAUGCUGUGCAACUCUCCCAGGCCACCAAAGGGUUUAACCGACCAUGUUUUUCUUUUUUUUUUCUUUUGCUGGACUGUGAGCCAUAGAAGGUUUUUGUUUAGUUUUUUUUACCUGAUGGUCUGUUUGCAAAUUAUAUUGGUUGCCUUAACAGAUGUACAGGUAAUGUGAUCAAGGGGGUGUCCCUUGGCAUUUGCAAUGUUAUAACUCCCCCUGCUUCAGAUCAGGUGCUCCCAUUUCAUAGAAGCCUUUCUUUACCCCUAUCCACAGGUUGGUGGUUUUCUUACAGCAGUGGUCCUAUUGGCCAUAGUGGAUACAAGGAUGGGCCUGUAGAAAAAUAAAGUCCUGUUGACAUAAUCAUUGUGGUGACUAGCCCUGACUGGGCAUUCCCCCUUAACAGCCGUGAAGAAUGGGCCAGUAGAAGAAAAGUCCUGUUGACAUAAUCAUUGUGGUGAAUACCCCUGACUGGGCAUUCCCCCUUAACGGCUGUAAUGAAGGUUUUUAUACCAGUAUUAGAAUAUGUAAUGUGCAGCCAAGCUUCUUUACCAGGCCAUUUGACAUGUACAAAUUCAUAUUGCUGUCUUAUCCACCUCACCCAAGAGUUCCUAGAAGAAUCGGUUCAUUUUAAUAAAAUGGCGCCUCUGUAUGUACUGUAUCUGGACUGAUCAUUCAUGCUUGAAUUACCCUCUAUCAUGGUCAGAUUGACAUUUAUUGGCCUUUUUAUUCCUAUCCUGUAUGCUGAUGAAAUCCUGAGCAUAUCACGGCAGGUAACCUUCUCUUGCCUCUUGUUUCUGCUGGCCUGUUCAGCUCUGAUGUACUUUUUAAGAGGUCUCCGAAAGCUAGGAAGAACGGUCUCGUGUCUUGACUACACAGGUCAUUAAACACUUCAUGCAUGGAAUUCUUUACCACUACUACAAAGUCUGGAUUUACCCGAGGAGACGAGACUGUUCUAUGGCUGCUUUUUCACGUCCUGUACAGAUUAUGGAGUAAACCAGAGCAUGUACUCUUCAUUACAUUGACAAUACUGCUGAUAAAUGUAUACUGCUAGUUUUUCUACAUGUUUUAAUGAGAUGUGGUCAUAUUUGAGAUGGUCCCUUCAAGGAUGGAAUACUGCUGGAUCCAGUGGUGGAGUCCUAAUAAAGGGGUAUCGAAUCUUCGUCGUCUCCUCUGUUGCUGAGCAACAGGCUCUUGAAAUGUAGGCGAAGCUCACUUGGCCACCAUCUCUCAACAAAGUCAGUGCUGGUUUUUAGACCUUCUCUUUGGACACACUGGGCUGGAAUCCACAAACUCCAAAGUGGGCCUCUUUCUUUUUCAUCAGUUACAUUAUAUCUGCCAUAUAUAAAUUUAUUUUUUGUGUGUAACAGUGAUGUGAUGUGACAAAUGUCACAGCCUCUUCUACUCCCACUGACCAUUAGCCAGACAGUGCACUUGCUGGAAUACAUUCAGGUAGAUCAUCCUUAAAGCCCAAGGCAACAUUUUGUAGGCUUUGCUGACAACUCUAACUAGAUUUUGUAAUGGCAAUUGAAUCAUUUGACAACUGGGGAUUCUUUUAAUAUCAACUUAAGAUGCAAUGUUUUAUUCUUUUUAUAUUGACUGAUUAACAAAUUUUUAAUUUUUUCUCCUUUUUCCUUAAGUUGCCUGUCCUUCAGUUUUGAGUUUGCUUCAAGUGUCAAAGAUAAAUGCAACUACAGUACAAUGUAAUGAUAUGUAGUACAGUUUGUGAAUGGAUAAUACACUGUGGAUACAUAUAAAGGCCUUAUUUAGUGUAGUAAUUGUUGUGGCUGUCUGGGAUUGUAUACAGUUUAAUCAUGUAUUAUACAGAAUUGCAUUGGUUUAGAUGUUACCCAGUAAAAUCUAUAACGACUCGG